GCCGGAAGACCUCUACAAAACGAACUGGUUAUCGAUAAGCCUUCUCUGCGUGCCGUACUUUCUUCGCCAUGGCGGUUGUACGAUGCUCCUCUUCUCUCUUGUCGAUGGCUUUAUUCCAUGGGCAUCCUAGUUUCUCACUCCGCAGGCGGACCCUCAUUGGUGAUGCUCGACGGCUGAUAAGCGCAUCUGCGGUCCCUUCGGAGUCAGAAGGCAGCCUUUCUCGCUCAAGAACCAUGCUUAAAGACCUGAGCCUCGGUGAACUUGAAAAAUGGGUCCAAUCAAAUGGGUUUAGGCCAGCCCAGGCACUUAUGCUGUGGAAGUGCCUCUAUGGGCACAGUGGCUGGGCACAAUGUCACGAUGAACUAACAGGUUUAAAUAAAGAUUUUAAAAGGAUGUUGAUUGAGAAUGCUGAUAUGACGCCAUUAUCAGUGAAAGAUGUUCUUACAGCAUCGGACGGAACUCACAAGAUAUUGUUCACUUUGGAUGAUGGAUUGGCGAUAGAAACGGUAGUGAUUCCUUGCAGCAGGGGAAGGACCACUGUUUGUGUUUCAAGUCAAGUUGGCUGUGCAAUGAAUUGCCAAUUCUGCUAUACUGGAAGGAUGGGUUUGAAAAGGCAUUUGACAACAGCUGAAAUAGUUGAACAAGCUGUUUUUGCACGAAGGUUAUUUUCAGCUAAGUUUGGAUCUAUUACAAAUGUUGUAUUCAUGGGAAUGGGUGAACCUUUUCAUAACAUAGAUAAUGUUAUUAAAGCGGCAGCUAUUAUGGUUGAUGAGCAAGGUCUUCAUUUUAGUCCUCGUAAGGUAACUGUUUCAACCAGUGGACUUGUUCCUCAGUUGAAACGCUUUCUCAAAGAGUCUAACUGUGCGUUAGCUGUUAGUCUCAAUGCAACAACUGAUGAGGUUCGGAAUUGGGUAAUGCCUAUUAAUCGUAAAUAUAAUCUUAGCCUACUUCUCGAGACUUUAAGAGAGGAGAUCCGCUUCAAACAUAAAUACAAAGUUUUAUUCGAGUAUGUCAUGCUUGAGGGAGUGAAUGACAGUAUCGAGGAUGCAAGGAGGCUCGUCGAACUUGUUCGCGACAUCCCUUGUAAGAUCAACCUCAUAUCUUUCAAUCCUCACUGCGGAUCUUUGUUCAAACCCACGAGUGACGAUAAGAUGAUCGAGUUCCGCAAUGUCUUGGCUGAGGCUGGCUGUGUUGUUUUCCUGAGGCUGAGCAGAGGGGAUGAUCGGAUGGCUGCUUGCGGGCAACUUGGCCAGCCAGGUGAAGUUCAACCACCUAUACUUCGCCCACCCCCUCGAUUUCGAAUGGCUUUAUGAUAUUGUGUUAUUUGUGUUACUAGAGAACUCUAUUUUCUUCCAGAUUAUUAGUUUUAAUGAAAUUUUACAUACAUGCGACCCCACUCCUAUGUAUUUACAUAUCUAGGCACCUGAACCAUAUAUAACUCACUGCUUGUAGAAAAAAAAAAUACUUGGUGAUGAGUGUAUUCGGGGUGUACACCACUAAUUCGCACGGCGGAUGUUCUCACGUAUGUUCUCUCAUUGUGAGUUGUAUUACUUUAUACAAAUUAACAAUGGGGCAUUUAUAUAGA